AUGUCGCCGCUCUGGGAGGACGUCCAACACACCUUAUCGACCGCAUGGGAGGACUUUAAACCGCCGACCUUGUCGAAUCCAUGGACUGCCGUGGGCCUGGUGGUUGGCACCAUCGUCUGCGCGCUCGUCGUCAUGUACCCCCUCCGCGCUGCCCGCCUGCCGUUCCGCAACCUCUCCGGCCCUGCCCCCUCGUCUGUCGUCUUUGGAAGCCUUGCGGACCAAGUAACCGGUCCCGUGGGCGGCGUGUACAAGGCCUGGGCGGCCAAGUAUGGUCCUACGCUGCGCUUCCGUGCUCUGCUGGGCAGCUGGCGCGUCGUGUCGACCGACCUCACGGCGAUCGGAUACGUCCUGAACCACACGGAAGAGUUCCACCGCGAGUCCGGGUUCAACGCGACCAUGCUGCUGCUGUGUGGAAAGGGUGUGCUGGCCGUCGAGGACGCGGCGCACAAGCGCCAGCGCAAGAUUCUGUCGCCGGCGUUCAGCUUGACCAACGUCAAGGCCAUGAUCCCCGUGUUCUGGAACAAGGCAUACGACCUCGCCGACGCGCUGGGCAAGAUUGUCGACGACGCCGACGCUGGUAAAGGUGGCCCGAGGGGUACACCCGAGGGAGCCAGGAGCGGUGCCCUGGUGGACCUUUUGGACUUUACGAUCCGUGCCGCGCUCGACGUGAUUGGUAUCGUCGGCUUCAACUACCAGUUCAACGCGCAAAAGGGCCUGCCCAACCCGCUGGGAGACGGCUUCAUGGACGUCAUGAACUCGCUGUCGCAAAUCUCCCUCUUCCGCCUGUUCCAGCACUCGUACCCGGCCCUCUUUGCCAUUCCUACAAACAACACAAAGGCCAUGAAGCGGACCCUGGUAGAGCAGAACCGCAUCGGAAAGGAGAUUGUGGCCGCGCGCAAAAAGGAGUUUGAGCGCGAGGACGUCAAGCUCGGCAAGGGCGCCGAGGUGGGCAAGGACACGCUCUCGCUGCUGCUCAAGUACAACAUGGCUCCGGACCUCAAGCCCAGCGAGAAGCUGACCGACGAGGAGGUGCUUGGCCAGAUCGGCUCUUUGAUGUUGGCCGGUAACGAGACCUCGGCGACCGCCAUGUCGUGGGCCGCAAUGCACCUGUACCAGAACCCGGAUAUCCAGGCCCGCCUCCGUGAAGAGGUCGACGGCGUCUUUGACGACCGCCCGGAAGCCGACGACCUCAUGGCCCUGCCUUACCUGGACAAGUUUGUGCGCGAGCUGCUGCGCUUCGACCCCCCGCUCCCCGAAGUCGUGCGCGAGUGUGCCAAGGACGCCGUCGUCCCGCUCUCCACGCCCGUCAUGGGCCGCGACGGCAAGCUGAUGGAUUCGAUCGUGGUUUCCAAGGGCACCGAGUUUGUCGUCCCGAUCAACGAGAUCAACCGCUCCAAAGAGGUCUGGGGACCAGACGCGGACGUGUUCAACCCAGACAGGUACGACGACGCGACGUACCCGCGCGCAAACGUCCCGGGCGUGUGGGGCAACCUCAUCACGUUCAUCGGCGGCCCGCACAACUGCCUCGGCUGGCGGUUUGCCAUUCUGGAGAUCAAGACGGUCCUGUUCGUCCUGCUGCGCAGCUACGAGUUUGUGCAGCCGCCCGCAAAGCCCACAAUGGUGCGCCACGGCCACGCGAUCGUGAUGCGCCCGCACGUCGCUGGCGAGGAGGACAAGGGUAUCCAGAUGCCCGUGCUGGUCCGCCGUGUGCCCAAGGUGUAG